CAUUACGCGAAGCCGACCAAAAUCGCCGGAAACCCAAGAAGAAAAAAAGGGGUGGAGCAAAUUGGAGCGAUGGGAGAAGCCAAUACAUCAUCAAUCGACGACGAUUUGCUCCUCAAGAACUUCUACGCCGAAGUGAGCGAGGUUGAGCGCGACAAUGAAGUCGCUAGGAUUCUUUCAUGCUUUAAGCUAAAUGCAUUUGAGUAUCUCAAUCUACCAUUCGAUUCAUCUCCAGAAGAAGUGAAAAAGCAAUAUCGUAAGUUAUCAUUGCUUGUUCAUCCUGACAAAUGCAAACAUCCCCAAGCAAAAGAAGCUUUUUCUGCACUUGCAAAAGCCCAACAGCUAUUACUUGAUCCACAAGAAAGAGAGUAUCUUGUAAACCAAAUUAAUGCAGCAAGAGAAGAACUUAGAGCAAAAAGGAAAAAACAACUGAAGAAAGACACUGCAUCUAAGCUGAAGUCACUAGUUGAUGAGGGAAAAUACGAGCAAGAAUACGAAAAAUCAGAUGAUUUUCAGCUUCAGCUAAAAUUGAAGGUCCGGGAACUACUAACUGACCAAGAAUGGCGCAGGAGGAAAAUGCAGAUGAGGAUUUCGGAGGAAGAAGGAAGAUUGAAGAAGGAUGAAGAAGAAUCCAAAGAGAUGUGGAAAAGAAAGCGUGAACAUGAGGAGCAGUGGGAAGGAACAAGGGAAAAUAGGGUUUCCAGUUGGAGGGACUUCAUGAAAGGAGGAAAGAAGGUGAAGAAAGGGGAAAUCCGGCCACCAAAGCUUAAGACAGAAGACCCCAACAAGUCGUAUGUUCAAAGGCCUGUAAAACGAGACUCCAUCAUUGCUUCACAUUGCUUCACAUUCAGUCUGUUGUCGAUCCUCAAUAGAGUGUCCAUCGUCGACUCUUUAGUGUCGAUCCCUUCCUUCCCCUUCAUCUAUUCAUCAACGACACAGAUUUGGGAUUCAUCUGUGUGCAUUCCAUUUGUCACCUCACUCAAGUCAGAAUUAGACACUGAUUCAAAAUGGAUGAAAGUUUGUCGUAGCCAGGAUAAGCUUUUAAAAAAUAAAGGUGACAAGAUCUUUCUCAAUGGAUAUGAUGCCAAUGAGAAGAUCUUAAUCUGUAGCAAAUAUAGCAAAGAGAUUUCUCCGACCGAUGAACAACUGUUCUUAGCCUUCCAAAACUCCCUGCUAAAGCUAGACUUAAUCGACGAACACGUGGCAGAUAUCUAUAAGACGCUCCAAAAAAGAACUAACAUGCAGAGUAAAAAUACAAGAACCUUAAACAUUCUAUUGAAAUCUGCAAAUGUGGAAGAAGGAAAGAUCGACACCAAGAUUGACGAAAAAAUCACAAAGCCUCAAGCACGAGCAAGCCAAACUUAAUCGGCGAACACGUGGCAUACAUCUGUAAGACGCUCCACAAAAGCACAAACAAAUACAACUAUCAAAGAUGCUCAACCAUCAAUGUGGCCUCCACUACCGAAAAUAAUAAUGGCAAAGCUAUUAUUAAAGAAGAUUCAUCGACAAACACUAAAUAAGAGAGGACCCUUAAAGAUAAACUAUUACACAAUAAUGUAGUUAGUGGAUGAUUUGGUUAGUAGUGACGUAAAACACUUGUAUCAGAUCCUAGAAGGCAAAUAAAUGCUAAAAGUAAUAGAUUUGCACACAUUCAUGUACAAAAUUCAAUAAAAAGGAGUCUUUUGUCUAACAAAGAUAUUUAACUGAGUUAAAAGAUAAGUUUUUAACUUAAAUUCAUCCGCAAAUUGAGUUAAAAGAUAAGCUUUUAACUACCAAUUCCUGCUAAAGCCAAACUUAAUCGGCGAACACGUGGCAUACAUCUGUAAGACGCUCCACAAAAGCACAAACAAAUACAACUACCAAAGAUGCUCAACCAUCAAUGUGGCCUCCACUACCGAAAAUAAUAAUGGCAAAGCUAAUAUUAAAGAAGAUUCAUCGACAAACACUAAAUAAGAGAGGACCCUUAAAGAUAAACUAUUACACAAUAAUGUAGUUAGUGGAUGAUUUGGUCAGUAGUGACGUAAAACACUUGUAUCAGAUCCUCUCUAUGAUUCUAUAAAUAGAGAGUUAUGUUUUCAUUUUUAAGUUUUGCCUUUCAAAAUAGAGGAGAAAUUGAUAACAAUCUUUUAUUUGAGAAAUCAAGAACUUAUUAGGUUCUUGAUUAAUUAAUAUUUUAUUACUACUCAUUUGAGUUGUUAUAAGAUUUUUGCUUUUUAUUAAAGAUAAUUUAUUAGAGUUAAUAGUUUUCUAAAUUGAAAAACUUUAACGGGAUAGUUUUCAAAAUGGAGGAGAUUGUUAUCAAUUUCUCCUCUAUUUUGAAAGGCAAAACUUAAAAAUGAAAACAUAACUCUCUAUUUAUAGAAUCAUAGAGAGGAUCUGAUACAAGUGUUUUACGUCACUACUGACCAAAUCAUCCACUAACUACAUUAUUGUGUAAUAGUUUAUCUUUAAGGGUCCUCUCUUAUUUGGUGUUUGUCGAGGAAUCUUCUUUAAUAAUAACUUUGUCAUUAUUAUUUUCAGUAGGGCCACAUUGAUGGUUAGUGUUUUUGUGGAGCGUCUUACAGAUAUCCAUAUCUGCCACAUGUUCGCCGAUUAAGUUUGACGUUAAAAGAAAUGGGUUGUUAAGAAGAAAUUAAAACAUCUUAUGAAAUUUUAUUACUUUUCAAAUUAGUAGUUGGACUGUUCAUCUAUUUUAUUGAAUAUAAACAUUAGUUUCUUUUAAAUUCUUUAAGUUUGUUAGUGUCAGUGUGUUUCUAUCAUCUAUUCGUCUGUUUAGUUUAUUUGUUUCUUAUUCAAUCUUAGUGUGUUACAUGAUUUAAUCGUUGCUUACCAUAAGAUUUUUAUAGGUAUUGCUGUGGAUGGCGGUG